GCGUUCUUCCUCCUGAUUGGUUGACAGAGCUGCUGAUUGGUGGCAAAGCUGUCUUCUAAUAGUAUUUAAUUCCGUAGAUAAUAUUCAAGGAAAUUGAUAGAAUAGAAUUUAAUAGAAUGUGUCUGGUGUGUUCAUGAAGUGGGAUCAAGGUUUCCUCUCCAAUACUGAUGUCUUAUCAUUAACCAACUGUGUGCAAUACAUAGGCAGUCAUGAGGCCAGGGAGCUUACAUCGUGCAUGUGGAUGGCGCAUUGCACGGAGCCUGAUCACGGCUGUGUGGCAGCUCUCAAUCAUAGAGGUGGAUGAAAGGAACCAUCUCAUCAGUGUGCUAAAGUGGUUCAUCGAGCAGUAUGGAGAAGUUCUUUUCUCACGAGUGAUGCAAGACCAGCUCUACAAGAACCUCAUCUCGGGUCUGAGGAGUCGUCAUAACCCACCCAUCUAUCUAACCACCAUGCUGGUGCUUUGCCCAAAAGUCACCAUCGACCAGAUUGCAGUGAUUGAGGACCAUAAUGGCCUACCCCCCCCUGUCGCAGGCACAGGGCUGGAUAUCACAUCAGAAGAAUGCCGAGCUAUCCUGGACGUUCUCUCUGACUUACGGCAGGGCUGGAAUGGCACCAAGAGCCUUCCAUUUGCGCGCCAAAAUGGGGAGAGUUACCACCUGCCUACCAAGACACUGGUUCUCGAGGGGGUUUACUUCCAUGACCCUGAUUUCCUGCCUUUGCUCUUCAGGGAAAUGCCUGACCUAAGGCACAUUGAGCUCCAGUAUAAUGGAACCCCUUCAGUGCUCCUUGCUCUGAGUGCACACUGCCCGAAGUUGGAGUCCCUGUGCUUUCUGGAGCCACGCAUGGAAGUCACAGUCCUGGAAAAGGAUAUCUGGCCCAUCCUCUUUGGGAUUCCUCCGCCAUCAGAUCCUAGAAAUCCCUCGGGAAUCCUCACCCGCUUCACCCAAGAGAAGGAUUUCCGUGACAAGUUUGUGUUGCAGUUCCCCAACUUGAAAAAGCUGGAUCUAGAUGAAUUAUACUUUGAGGAGGAGGUGUUGCAUGAUGUGUACAUCUUGGCUCUGGUGCUGCAGCCACAGCUCUCCAGCUUUGGAAAGCAUACAGGCCUCACCAGAAGGAUCCUGUCUAAGUUUCGCCAGCUCUGGAAUGUCAAGAACAACAGAUCAGACAGCCAUAUAGAUCUAUAUUUAUCUAAAGCAAAAUUUGUUGAUAGUGUGUGUGAUGUUCCAAAUGAUGCUGAGCUAGAAUUGAGAUAUCUAGAAGAGAUUGUGCCAAUGUUUAAGAUGCUUAAGUCAGUUGAGCUGCAGAAGGGUUACUGGACUGAGAGUGAAGUGGCCAGGUUUUGUCGCAUUUUUGCCGACCGUGUGGAUGCCUUCUCCCUCAGUGACUUGCCCAUCAAUGAGAUAUCAUGUCUGAGCUCAGUCACACACCUACGCCUAACAUUCAUGCGGCAGUACUCCUUUGAACAGGUCCACUUCAUCCUGGAUCACUGCCCCAACCUACAAACCCUCAGCAUCCACCCUGUGUUCCAGGAGCACCCACAUGUGGGCUGGGAGGGUGCUAUGCCUCUGCACCGUUUUGGCCAGAUGAUGGAUGAGGAUAGACAGAUCCUGGAAAACCUCCUCAUAGAUGAGCUUGUGGAGGAGAUGGAGGACCUCCAGGUGUUCCUGGGAGAGGGAGGGGAUGAGCAGGCAGGAGGGAAUGUACUUAGGGCACCUAACUUCCCUGGGGCAAUGGGUGAGGGAGCCCAGCUUCCCCCUGCUGGACCCAGACCCCCUGCACCCUUACAUGAACGGUUGUCCAAGUCUAAGUACGCAGUGCAUCAGAAGUUGAUAACUCUACGGAUAGCAUCAUUGUUUGAAGCCACCAAAGAGCCCUCUGAGGCCUUCUUGUCAAGCCUUCUGGAGCGACUACCCAAUCUCCGCAACCUGUGCCUAGGCAUGUGGAUGGGGGCUCUGAGUCACCGACGCAACCACCUAACCUGCACUGGAAAUGCGCUUGUCAACGUUGUCACCAGUUCACAGAAUAGCAAGCCUUUAUUAGCUAAUUUGGAACAGGUGAGAUAUGAUACCUCAAAUCAGGUAUUCUUUACUUCUCUCAGUUUGUUAAUAGAAGACACAUGAGUAAUUAUGUGCAGCAUUUAUUUAUAAACAACACAGAUAGUUAGGUUGCUGUUAUGCAUUACUUGACUCUACUUUUUAUGCGUUAAUAUGUAUAUUAGUAUAGUUCUUAUAUUUUCUUGUAAACAAAAUUACUGAAACCUGAUCAUGUUUUAACUAUUUCCUCAUUUAUUAUACUUACUUUUCUGUUCAUCAUAUAAUCAUAAUUAUUUCUCCAUCUUCUCUGGCUAAGCUUCAGUUGGCCUGCCUAUUACACUGUGAUAAUAUGGCU